CAUAUUUUCUCUCUGUCUCUGGCGCAAGAUUUUCCUUUUUUUCAUUUUUAAACGGCCCAGCUUUAGCCACCUAACCGAAAACACCCUUAUCCUCAUCUUUCUUCCAUAUUUACCCUUCUCGUUUUCUCGAAAUUACUUUAACACCCACAUCAGAACUACUGAAAAUUUCUGUUGUAAUUUCAGGGAAGCACAGGGACAAAUGCUGUGACAUGCCCACCAAUCGGACAGGGCAAUAACUCUGUCUGUCAAUGUCAUCCCCGCGCUAGGAUCCCCAAAUCCAGCCAAAAAUUGGCGGAAUCUCCGCUACUGAUCAAACGUUUCGUCAUUUCUAUUUCUUUCAAUUUCUCGCCCAUUUCAAAUUCUUUAAAGCCCACCAAGAAAUCUCAAUUCCUUCUCACGAGCACAUUAUAUAUGCACUCAAAUCUUUCACUCCACUCAUUUUCUUGAUUAGGGAUUCCAAGAAAUUCGCUUUCUUGAUUAGGGUUUCAUUUUAAGAACAAGAAAAGGAAAAAGAAGAUGAAAGCUUCUUUAAAGUUUCGUGAAGAACAGAAGCCUUUAUUUAGAGCUAAAGUUCCAUUGACUAUCUUAGGGUUACCAUUUCAAUCAGGAAUUGUAGCUGGUGAGUCCAAAGAACUCACUCUCAAUCUUUCUACUUUCUUUGAAUCUGGACCUUCCAUCAAGAUUGCUUACCGUCCUAAUGAUGUUUUUAAUCCUUUUUCUCUUGUUGUCAAGACUGGAAUGGGUGCUUUCGGUUCCCCAAUUUCAAGCUCGUUGCUAAUGAGUGCCGAAUUCAAUUUGCUUAGUAUAGGAAACCCUAGUUUCAUGCUCCAUUUCAAGCCUAAAUUUGGGGAUUUUUCAAUCAAGAAAUCUCAAUCUUCUAGUGCGUUCGAUAAAAAUGGGAACUGGACUGGGUCUUUAGAUAAUUUGAAUGACGAUGGGUCAAUUGAAGUUGUGGAUUCUCCUGUGUUGUCUAAUGGACUUUCUGAGAAGAAAAUUAGGGUAUUGCCACAGCCUACUGCUAGUGCUAUUGUUGGGGCCUUUUCUGGUGUUGAAGUCACGGCAAGUACUAAGCUUCCGGUGAGAAGUCGUGCUAUGAUGAAUUUUAGGUGGGGAGUUAGAGUUCCUGCUGAGAUUAAGAGCGGUAGUAGUGAUUCAAUGGCUGGUAUUAACUUUAGAAAUAUUCCAUUUUUAGUGAUGAAUAAGAUAGGGAUAGAGCAUGUCGAUAGUUGCGAUGAUUCAAAAUCAAAAGGGAAAGUGAUGACCCCUCUUAAUGUAACAAAGUUGGGGUCUGAGUUGAGAAAUGUUGAUAUGGCAGAGGCUUGUCUGAGUGUUAAGAAGCAGAUGGAGGUUUUGCAAGCUGAGAAUGGGCUACUGAAGAAAGCUGUGGAUGAUCUUAGGCAGGAGAUAUCAGGUAGAUUGAGUUUUCCGGUGGCAGAUUCUAAUGCUGGUAGACACAGAGAUAUUGAGAGGAAUGCGAUAAAAAAUGGUGGGGGUAGUAGAGUUGAAAGGAGAAGCAAUGAAAAGAAAGCAGUGGAAAGUGAUGUGAAUGAGGAGUUGAAGAAGGCUUUGAAGGGAAAUGUUGGUGUUAGUGGUGCUUGAAUUUGUCGAUAUUGCUGAUGGGUAUAUAAAUAUGAAUGCUGCUAAGUUAAGUGGUUUACUAGCAGGAUUACAUGGGAAAAAGACAACCUAAAGUACAAGUUUCUCCUAGUACUACUGAAUCCCCAAGCAGACUUCCCAUUUAUUUGUAUUGGAGGAAGAACACAAGAUAAGAAACAUCAUAUUUCGUUGUGGCAAACCCACUUGAAGUUGAGAUCCCAGGAACUAGAAGCCACAUUUCUGAGCAUGCUCGUUCUGGAAAAACCAUAACCUUUCUUUGUAUAAGUACUGUACUGGUGUUACUUCUCCUGAGAGCAACACAAACUUUCUAUGAUUACUGAAUCAUGAGGAUGUCAGAAGAAGCACCAAGAGCCCAGCCAGCUCACUCAAUCUAUAUGUCCAUGCUUUUUUAGUUUAUGAGUUGUACAUACAUGAAAGCGAUCCUGCUUGUCCACUUUCCUUGGAUUGGAGCAUCUUCUUCCUGAAUUUCUACUGCUACAACAACCUCUGUUAAUAAUCUUCUUCAGCAUUCAGACUAAAACAAGCAUCUUUUAUUCGUAAUCUGUCGAGAAUUUUCAUAAACCUAUAAUUAUUGCCGUAAUUACCAAGUAGAUCGGAGGACAAAGUUUACUUAAAUGGACUAGAAAAGUAUAGCUUAGUUCAUUUCUGACUUUCUCUUGAAUGACAUUUCCGACUUUUCCUAUUCUAGAGUGAUUGAAAUAAAUUGAAGAAUUCAAGGGCGUUUACAACUCAGACAAAAUGUUGGCAGCGGUUUCAGUUUGAUAUUACAAGACAAAAAAAGUUGCUUUCAAUUCAAAUGUAUCACUUCAUUUAUUGUUGAUGGAUUUUCUUCAUUAGUUGUUUUUAUUAUCACUUACAUCCAACAAUCUCAAACAAAUCAA